UCGGAAGGUGGUUGCUCGCUCCGUUGCUGCGUCCCGACCUUUGGGCUACCUGUGAGGGACACUGCUGAGUGUUUCCCUCCGUCCGUUCCUCCUAGAGACGCCCGGCUGUAGCUGCGGGGUGGCGUAGGCUGGCUCCCUCACAGCCUGGCUCCCUGGCGGCCGACGAUGAGUUUGACCCCUUCGAGGGGAUGCCUCCUGGACUUGCCCUGGGAGGACAUCUUGGUCCCGCACAUCCUCUGCCAUCUGCCGCUGCAGCAGCUCCUGGGCCUGCAGAGGGUCAGCAAGGCGUUCCAGGCGCUCGUCCAGCUGUACCUGGCCAACAUGCGAUGUUUCGACUCUAGCCAGAUUGGCUCGGCUGUCCCUAGAGCUGCUUUCCUCAACCUGCUGAAGGACAACAAAGUGCUGCAGCAGCUGGUGCUCCAGAACUGCUCUGACUGGCUGACGGAUGGGGAGCUGCUCCCAGUCAUCAUGCAGAACCACCACCUGCACCACAUUCAGCUGAAGGGCUGUGCCCAGCUCAGCUGCCACGCGUUGAUGGUCAUCUCGCUGAACUGCCCACACCUGAGGCGGCUCUCCCUGGCUCACUGUGAGUGGGUGGACAGUCUGUCCUUGCGCAGCCUGGCCGACCACUGCAAGGCUCUGGAAGCUGUGGAUCUGACGGCCUGCCGGCAGCUGAAGGAUGAGGCCAUCUGCUACCUGGUGCAGAAGUGCAGCAGGCUCAAGUCUCUCUCUCUAGCUGUCAAUGCCAACGUGGGUGAUGUGGCAGUAGAGGAGACUGCCAAGUGCUGUCCUGAGCUGGAACACCUGGACCUCACAGGGUGUCUGCGAGUCAAGAAUGACUCGAUAAGGGUUCUGGCUGAGUACUGUCCCAAGCUGCGCUCGCUGAAGGUGAAGCACUGCCACAAUGUGGCUGAGUCCAGCCUGAGUAUUCUCCGAAACCGUGGAGUGGAGCUGGAUGUGGAGCCUCUGCCGCAGACGGCUCUUGUUCUCCUGCAGGACAUGGCUGGCUUUGCCCCUUUCAUUAACCUCCAGAUCUAGAACUGCUGCUGCUAUCGGGAGUGGGGGGGCAACAUGUCACUGAGAUCCCUGGUGGACGCCGGAACUGGUUGCUGCUGAGAUGUGCAGAGGGAGAAGUUGAUCCUGUUGGUGAGGCUGG